GCUUCCCCGAGUGCCCCUGAGGGUAGCGGAGGACACGCGACGCGAAGAGGCCAUUCCCCCCAUUUGUCCAUUAGCGAUCCUAGCCACCAUGUCACAGAAGCUAUCGGACACAUGUAUGACGAUGACUACGAUCGCAAUGAUCCCAGGCGUCUCAGCUAUAUAUCGACGCCUCUCGGCGAGUCAAUAACGACUAUCCCGCGCAACGCCGCUGGCUCCGAUAAUUCUUCCCCGUCCACACUGUCUCCAAACUCGCCGGUCGAAAGACAACCAAGGCAGGCAAAUACGCAAUUACGGCCGCCUCUCGCGACACACCGGUCCUACGACCGAGAGAGUAACCCCGGAUCUGCAGACGGUACUCGAUCGCCCUCGGAAACUGCUACCUCGUCUUUUCCUCUCAAUGAUAUUGACUACGAGUCCGACCCUGCCGCGGUAGUCCAGGAAUUGAAUAACCUUGCAGCUAUUCGACGUAUGUCUAUGCACGAAGCGGCGACGGGCGAUCCUGACCUUCCGGCGUUUGGAAAUAACAAUUUUUCGAUCCCCUCCUUACCCCCCUCUCCCUCAGCCGACGAAAAUGAUGCUUCCCGUUUGUUUUGGGUUCCGGCGAGUCUACAUCCGGAGUUGGCGCCGAAAGAAUUCAGAUCCUUUCUCGAAAGCAAGGCCGAUCUCAUAAAACGCAAAUCGGGCGAUUACUCUUCUUUGGGACCUGAACGUCAGGGAUCAAGCAGCAGUCUGCGUCGAAAACGGUCAAUGCUUUCCAGACAGAUCGAUGACUCGUCCGGUUUUCAAGAUGGGGCUGACCGACUAGAACGUCAACGGUCACAGUCAAGCAGCAAGCGGGACGGCAUGUUGAGCCCCAAUUUGCAACAACUUGAAACCUUAGUCGACGAUUCGAAACCGACGACUAAGGAGUCUUCCUUAGUGCGCGGGAUGCAAAACCUGGGAAUUUCUCCGGGCGAAGAUAAGCCGAUUCUCCCAGCUGCGCCUCUAGGCCACAGUCUACGACGAUCAACUCGAACACAAUACAAGAAGGGAAGCUUGAAAAAGGGCGAGAAGGUGCCCUAUUCGAAAAGAGUCGGGAGAGGCCUCUCGGAAUCUGCUGGAUCAGCAUCGCCUUCUGUCGCUUCUUCUUCCGAGGAUCAGCAGGCCCUUGGUCUUGGCCGUGUAUCUAACGACUCCUCUUCGCCAACAUCUCAAGUUGCCCAAACGCCAUCCGCUUCGUCCCGCAGCACGGCCUUCGCCGCGGAUUCUACCACCAGCUCCACAUUUGAUUCAAUCAUUGAUAGCUCAGAAGCAGAAGAAGAACCAACUCCUUCAGGGGCGCAGUCCGAUGUCGCUUCAUCUGAUGGUGUGAAUGCGAAUGCCGGUGCUUAUGCACGGCAAUGGCAAUCUCGCAUUAGCGCAAACGGCCGAUCCACCACGAACAUCCCUCAGUCCGAACAACAAAUCCCCGCUAUUGUUGAAUCGCCUCCUAGUGAGCCUAACCGCAGUGCAACGUCUUAUAGCAGCCGAGCAUCCGAGCGGGAUACGCCAUCUUUGUACUCGCCAAAAACCACACCUCAACAGCAGCCGCAGCAGCAGCAGGAUUCGACCCCCAGCAAGCGGACCUUGAUGAGCGGGAGCAGGCAGUCUGAAAAAGAGAGCGCAUCAUCACUAGAUAAUCUCGCCAAUCACCCCCAGAUGAUACCUGGAAACAGUACUCGCACGGACAACCUCUCCUUCAUCCCGACUAUGCCCGAGGAGCGCAAACAGGAGGAACGCAAGUCAGAAGGCAAGAAGUCCAAGAAAGAGUCGGAUGGCAGUCGCAAAUCCAGCUGGCACUGGCUGUUGGGAAGUGAAGAGAAGGAUAAAAAGAAGCACAAAGAUGGCGAAUCCAAGAGUUCGAAGUCCAAGCUUGUUGACAAAGUGCACAGCAGUCCGCGUGCGGAUGUGUUGCAAUCAUCCCUGGACAAUACGCCCAAGGGCCGGGAGAGCAUCAUUUUGGACCGUCUCGACCCCAAAUUAGAGGAAGAGAGACGAAAGGAUGGUGUACGACGCGCGUCGGGAGAUUCGAAGAAGGAAAAGGAUGGAAUUUUCUCAUCGAUUUUCGGUGGUGGCAGAAAGAAGCACAGCUCAGAAGGCCAUCACAGGAAGAACUCAUCUCGCAACCUGUCUCCCGAGCCACCUAUACGAGAGCUUCACGCAGACGUCGAUUAUCCUUGGACACGCUUCUCUAUUCUGGAAGAACGCGCAAUUUACCGCAUGGCCCACAUCAAGCUUGCCAAUCCCCGUCGCGCACUUUACUCGCAGGUCUUGCUGAGCAACUUCAUGUACUCAUAUCUGGAAAAGGUGCAACAGAUGCACCCGCAUAUGAUGGUGGCUUCCUCUGGAUCUCAGAGGCAGUCCAAAUCGCGGGAGCAGCAGCAGCAACAACAGCAACCAGACGAGUACCUCCAAUACCAGCGAUAUCAAGAAGCACAAGAGCAACAACAAUACGCGGAUAGCGCCUAUGAUGACCCAUCUAUGUACGACUACGACGACGAUCCACACGAUCACUACCAGCAGUCUCACGGGAGGAGUAACAAGCACGGCUACGAGAACGGCCAUGCUUACGGCUCGGGCCACUACCAGUACGGACACUCGUCUUUUGGCGACGACGUCCAGCUGGAUGACGACGAUGACGAUGAUAUGUGGUGA